GUUUGGUCUGUCUCCCAGCGCUGAGCUGUGCUGCUGCGGAGCUGGUGACCAUGGCUGAGCCGGAGUCUCUGAGGUGCUCCAGCGUCAGGAACCGUGGAGGCGUUCAGAGAGUCGAAGGGAAACUUCGAGCAAGCGUGGAAAAGGGGGACUACUAUGAAGCUCACCAGAUGUACAGAACUUUAUUUUUUAGGUAUAUGUCACAGGGAAAACAUGCUGAAGCCAGAGAGCUGAUGUACAAUGGGGCUCUUCUCUUCUUCAGUUAUAACCAGCAAAACAGUGCAGCAGAUCUCUCCAUGCUGGUGCUGGAGGUUUUGGAGAAGUCCGAUACGAAGGUAGAAGAUGAAAUAUUAGAACAUCUGGCCAAGCUGUUCAGCCUGAUGGACCCAAACUCCCCAGAGAGGGUGGCUUUUGUUUCCAGAGCCCUGAAAUGGUCCACUGGAGGAUCCGGCAAGUUAGGUCACCCAAAACUCCACCAGCUGCUCGCUGUCAUCUUAUGGAAAGAGCAAAACUACAGCGAGUCUCGGUAUCAUUUCCUUCAUUCAUCCGACGGGGAGGGCUGCGCUCAGAUGCUGGUGGAGUAUUCAUCGUCGCGAGGCUACCGCAGCGAGGUCGACAUGUUUGUGGCGCAGGCCGUCCUUCAGUUCCUCUGCCUAAAGAACAAAAACAGCGCUUCCGUGGUGUUCAGCACAUACACAGAGAAACACCCGUCCAUAGAGAGGGGCCCCCCCUUCGUCCAGCCUCUACUAAACUUUAUCUGGUUUCUGCUGCUGGCAGUGGAAGGGGGUAAAUUAACAGUUUUCACAGUGUUAUGCGAGCAAUAUCAACCUUCCCUGAAGAGGGAUCCCAUGUAUAAUGAGUAUCUGGACAGAAUAGGACAGCUUUUCUUUGGGGUCCCGCCCAAACAGUCUCCUUCGUACGGUGGCCUGCUGGGAAAUCUGCUGAACAGCCUGAUGGGCUCUGGGGAAGAAGACGACGGCGCCGAAGAGGCCCAUGAGGACAGCAGCCCCAUAGAACUGGACUGAGUCCCAACAACGUUACGAGAAGAACAAACACUCAGAGGAGGGAAACAAAAAGAAAAAAAAUAAGAGGGAAGACCAUCCCGCCUCCCUGCUGGUCCAGCAGGGUCCGGGCGAGGCGCUGCUCCACGUUUUAACAGGCGGAUCCUUAUUUGUUUGUUUUAUUUUUGAGAUAAAAAGUCUCAUCAUCCAAACAGUUCAUUUCCAAACCAGAACCAAAAGAGCAUCAUUCCACCAAAACGCCGCUGUCAGCUCUGUCUGGACUGAACAAGCCAAACUGCAACCUCUCCUGCUGUGGAACUGAAAACAUCUUUUCUCUUUUCAUUGUUGUGGGUAGUUUGGGACUCCUGCUUGCUGUUUCACUUUGUUCCAUCAUCAGAGGACGCGUCCUCUCCCUGUAACGCCCUGCUGCGAGGAGACGGGAGGAUCGGCGUCCGCCUGGGCGGCGAUGGCUCAGCGUCGGGGUUUAGUGAGCUCACUACAGCGUUCAAAGGGUUCAGUCGGUCGGCCAAGAUGGAGCCGCUGAUGACUUUCUUUUCAACAACUAUUCCGUUACGUCUCUUCUGUAAGAUGUAAAUUAAAACGCACUUAUAGUCUCUG